GCAGGAGACGGCCUGGCGGGGUUGGUGAUUGGAUGGUUCCUGGCCCGGGCCGGAAGUGGGACAGGAUCCGGAGCAGAGAGAAGAUGGCGGGUAUUAAAGCUCUGGUUGGCUUAUCUUUCAGUGGUGCCAUAGGUCUAACCUUCCUCAUGUUAGGCUGUGCCCUUGAACAGUAUGGUGUAUACUGGCCAUUGUUUGUGCUGAUCUUUUACUUCCUGUCGCCCAUUCCAAGUUUUAUUGCACGAAGAUUGGGAGAUGACUCUGAUGCAGCAAGCAGUGCCUGUCGUGAACUUGCAUACUUCUUCACUACAGGGAUUGUUGUUUCUGCCUUUGGGCUCCCAAUAAUUCUUGCUCGAGUUGCAGUGAUCCAGUGGGGAGCUUGUGGACUCGUGCUGGCAGGCAAUGCAGUAAUCUUCCUCACCAUUUUGGGCUUUUUCUUAGUAUUUGGUAGAGGUGAUGACUUUAGCUGGGAACAGUGGUAGUAUUGUGAUGAAACAUAAAUUUGAUGACCGUUUGGCAUUGAAACUGAAUUGUAUUAUUAAAACUCCAAGCUUAAAGUGCAGUAUAUGACACUAUUUUCGAUGUUUUGUUUGCUGUAAACUGUAAACAUUAAGAAGCAAGAUUCGUGACUGUAUUUUAAAGAUUUCAUUACCUGGGGCUUCGCCAAGCUGUCUCCUCUCCGAAAUGGCAAUUUGACUUGGAAAUGGGAGUAUGCAAACAAUUGCUUGUACAGUCCAGUGAACGAAAUUACUCACAUGGUGUAUGAUCUCACAACUCCACAACAUUUUAUUUUUGGUAUUUAUUAUAACAUUAUAAUUUGGAGGAGAAAGUUGUCCAUAAAUCUUUGCCUGUUUCAAGUCCAUUUUUAAAAUUAUAAUUUACUUUGGGUUAUGACGUGAUCAAUGUUGCAUGCAUGCAUGCUGUUGUAAAGGCUUGAAAUUUAUUGGAUUAGCCCACCCUAUGCUGCCCCUCUUUUGACCAUUGACCAGUUUGACUUGGCAACACCUUUUCAGGGAUGCACCUUUUAAUCUUAACACACCUCCUGGUGUUAAAGCUUUUUCAAUGCACCUUAUGAGGCAAUAUGCAUAAUUUCCAAUGAAUAAAAUGCUCCUACUCACUCCUUUAGAAGCUCCAGUGUCUGCCAUUUGAAUGCUUGUGGAAAAAUUCUAAUACUUUAAAAACCAGAUUGUAUUAGAAAACAAAAUGCAGUGCAUUUUCAAUCCCCAGGAAAUGUUUCUUUAUCGGUUAUGCAGUUGGCAAAGGGCUUUAUAUGUUCAGAAAUUGAAGCACUAAAAAAAGUACUACGGGACAUUUUCCUAUUGUAUUAACAAAAUGUUCUACCCUUUCUCUUACUGACUCCAAUUUUGAAGAGCGAAUUAUUUUACUGAGUUCAGAUCUCUAUCAUUUAAACCAUCUUUUCUAAGAAUGUACUUAAUUCAAGCAUCUGAAAUUUGUGAAGGAAUUAUGAAAAUGGACACUUUGCAUUAUGAACCUCUUGCAAAAGGUGAUAAUUUGGCAGUGAAUUAUAGAUGAUAUUUGAUUCUGCAUUUGGCUGAUAUGUCCUUUUGACAAAUGGUUUAAUUUCAGCAUUAAGCAAGCCCAAAGAACUACAUAUAAACACAACUUUGAAUACAAUACUUAUAAUUCUGCAUAUUUGCUCAAAACAUUGCUAUCAUACGUUUGUCAAUUUGGGUAAAUGGGAUAACAUUUACUGUGCUUUUUGUUUCAACUUUGCCUUUUAAAAUAGAACAACAAAAAAAUUACAUUUAAAUCACGUGGGCACUUGAACUAUUACCGCAUUAGCUUGCUUGUUUUCUAGAAUGACCUUGUAGCCUAGACUAAGUAAUGUCCUUUUUAAGAGGAAGCUUUGACCACUCAGUUACACAAUAUGGUAUAACAUGCAUCUAAUUAUCAAAAGUGAGAGUUAGAUGAAUGCUUAAUAUAUUUGCAUGAUAUUUCUCUGUAAUUUUAAUGGCGUCAUUGAAUGACUGUUUAAUAAAAAUAACUGUGGUCAAAGUAUGUAUUUUUUUGUUUCAUGUAUUAAUAUUGCCAACAGUAAUUUCUAGCUUGCCUUUUAAAACAACCAAAAUUAAUUGGGAUAAAUCCUUCUGGAGCAAGUUAAAUUUUCUAUUAUUGUGCAAUUACUUUUGUUUAAUGUCUUAAGUAAUCGUCUUUUUUUUCCCUGAGAUAGUUGAAUUGUAAACCGAACUUUUACCAGAUGUUAAUGCCCAUUGGGAAUGAAAUUAUGUGCACCUGAAGUAAUGGCUUUUGGUUAUGGCUUGUAUUUUAAAAAAAAGCCUAAAAUUAGUGCAUAAAAUAGUUGGUAGAUCUCUACUCAAUAUCUUGCCUUCAGAUUGCUUUUACUAAAUAUCGCAUUUCGUUGGGAGAAAAAAAGCUGUUUAAUUAACUUUCCCAGUGAUUUGAUAUAAAGCAUUCUAGAAUGGCAUAUUGACAAUUUUUUUCUUAAAAAGAUUUUUGGAAAGAGGAUGCGUCGUUAAAUAUUGUUCCUUUUGGUUGAAAUUUAUUCUAACUGUGGGAAUAUGGUAAACUUCAAACAUCGCAAAUUUUUAAACUUUUUUACGUGAACUGUUUACUGAAUGUUAUUGUCAGUAAGUUUUUUCAAUACUUCACUGUAUACAUUGUAAAUUAACAAACUAAUCGUAAAUCUAUAUUAAUUAGAUUAUCUGUAGUUUAUUUCUAAAUAGUUUUAUGAUUCAAUUUAAAUGUAUGUGAAUAAAGUGUAAAUACAGACUUUCAUUGUUA